AGUGCUAUCUUCAGACGGAUAAUGGAAAGUAAUUUUACCCAGUUAAUGUAACGUAACACACGAUUUCGAUAACCGGUGUCUGCUGAUAUUACGAUAGAAUAUAAUUUUUACAAAAAAAAACCUUCCAUUCACUUUCGUGGCUCGAAUCCGUUUGGACGUUUAACAAUGAAGUCGAUAAUAUUGGGACUAGCACUUUUGUGCUCAUUUGCUGCUGCAAUCGAAAAGGCAAGAUUUGAUAACUAUCGAGUCUACAGCCUUAAUGUCGAAACGGUUGAACAAUUGAUGGAAUUGAAAAAGUUAGAUGGAAAUUCGGAUGGUUUUGAAUUCUGGAAGUUGGCAGAUGUGGGCAGAGAAGCUGAUCUUAUGGUACCUCCACAUAAAUUUGCUGAUUUUGAAGAAUUGGCGACUGAACUGAAAAUUUCUUAUUAUUUGAAAAUACAUAAUGUUCAAGCCUUGAUUGAUAACGAAAAUCCUAGAACCCGUAGUGUUGAAUUUGACUGGACGAGUUACUAUACACUCGACGAGAUCAAUGAAUGGCUCGAUGUUCAAUUAGCCACUUAUCCAGAAAUAUUGACCAGCUUUGUUGUUGGUGAAUCAUUCCAAAAUCGAACGAUUCGUGGCGUGAAACUAGCUCACAAUGAGGAAAAUCCAACAAUUUUCAUUGAAGCAAAUAUACACGCUCGCGAGUGGAUUACGUCGGCUACGGCAACAUGGUUUUUAAAUCAACUGUUAACAUCCACUGAUCCAGCCAUUCAGAAUUUGGCACAGAAUAUCAACUGGUACAUAGUUCCAGUUUUCAAUGUUGAUGGAUUUGCAUACAGUCACGAAGUGAACCGAUUGUGGAGAAAGACGAGAUAUCCUCAUGCUCACAUUUGUUACGGCACUGAUGCUAAUCGAAACUUUGGCUUCCAAUGGAACACCAUUGGAGCAUCAUCAAACCCUUGUUCCGAAACAUUUGCUGGACCGAGAGCGUGGUCCGAGCCUGAAACUGAACAACUGGCUGAAUACUUAAGAGGCUUAUCGAGUGAAAUUAAAAUCUACUUAUCAUUCCACUCGUACGGUCAAUACCUACUAUUCCCAUACGGACAUACUGGUGAACAUGUAGAGAAUUAUGAUGAUUUGUACGAAAUUGGAAAUAAAACUGUCGAAGCAAUCGCUGUACGAGAUGGCACAGCUUACAGAUACGGCCCUUCAUCAACGGUUCUAUACGAGACAUCUGGCACUAGUGUCGACUUUGCAUAUGACGAAUUCGGUAUCAAGCUAGCCUACACUUUCGAAUUCAGAGAUCGAGGAACUUAUGGUUUUGUUUUGCCAGCUAAUCAAAUCAUUCCUAAUGGACUGGAGAUCUUAGACGGACUUAUUGCUAUGGUUGCUGAAUCGCAACUUCGUGGCUUACUAUAAAUUUGAAUGUAUUUUAAUAGAAAUAAAUAAACAUUUAACGCUGAGUAGAUGCUUCACAUCUU